AUGGCUCACCCGGGAGUCGGACAGGUGGUUGGAUGGUACAUCUGUACGAUUGUCGCUUGUGCCUUCUUCGUUACACGGUUAGUUGUGCGAUGGCGGAGGUUCAGCAAGUUUUACGUCGACGAUUACCUCGUCGCGGCGGCUUGUCUGUGUUUGAUCGGUGAUCUGAUCAUCCAGCAUUUCAUGUUCAAUUGGGGCAUGACGGACAUGGCCAAUGCGUCAAAAUCGGAUAUGAUCAAUAUGAUGAAGAUGAUCAUUCCAGGAUCUACUCUCUAUGUGACUUCUCUAUGGUUGAUCAAGGCUGGCAUGGUUUGCUUCUACAAACGUCUGGCGGAUCGAACCCACUACCAACGCAUCUACAACGUCGUCCUCGCCUUACUUGCCGCGACGUGGCUCACCAUCUUCCUUAACAUCAUCUUCAAGUGCUUUCCUGUCGACCGCAUUUGGGAUAUGGAUAACCCGGACCGGGCAUGUUCCAGCAAACAGAGUCGGAUCAAUUACUGGAUCACCAUCUUGUUUAACAUCUUCAGUGAUGUAAUCAUUAUCUGUCUCCCGAUCUCCCAAGUGCUCCGAAUCCGUAUGCCAUUCAAGCAAAAGCUCGGCGUGAUGUCCAUCUUCCUGCUGGGUAUCCUCGUCGUCAUCACCAGCAUAAUCCGCGCAAUCUUCGCCUGGCAAAACAAACAAAUGAUAACCUGCACAGUCUCAAUGAUCGAAACGGCAAUCGCCAUAAUCGCCAACUCACUCCCCGUCCUCCGGACUCUUUUUUUUGGUUCGAAGUCCCGCAGCGGGACAUACUACAACAACAGCAGCCGAGCAUACGAGCUCUCCCACUCCAAUGGUCCCGGGAAACAGGGGCCCCUGAAUAAAGUGACGGCGUCUGUGGCGUCGCAUGCUGCUACGGAUGGGCAUGGUACGCCUACGGGGCUGUCGAGACACGAUUCCGAGGAUGAGUUGGUGAAGGAUGCUGCUUGUUCGCCGGUGGAUGAUCAUGCGGGUAUCUCGGUUACGACGGAGUAUCAUGUUUUUCAUGGGAGGUAUUCGUCGCCGAGUGUUAAUGGUAGACAGCAUUGA